ACUCCCUCAUCAUUCUGUAGCAAUCAUAAUCAAUAGAUAUGAUGAAAUGUGGUUUGUUAUUCCUCCCAACAAAACAUCCCUUAACUUUCAAAGCCUUACACAAUGAUUCGAUCGACAACUUCCUUCAUCCUAUUCGCAAUCACUUUCAUUGUCGCUACGCUGUCCAUCCAGGGCACCGCCGUAGUCAUGGGCGCAAGGUCCACGGUAGUUCUGGCAACGGUCCUUUAGGUGUAUCGGGUCUGCGCGAGAGACUCGGGGCUCAGAAGGAGAUCAACGCCGCCAGAAAGUUGUACGGUAUCCAGACACUCAAGUGGAAUGACACCUUGUUCGCUGGAGCAGAAGCCCACGUCAAAACUUGUAACGCCGAGAUCAAUACUUCUAUAAAGUUCGGUGAGAUCGUCUCUCAAAAGGCGACCUACAAGGACGCCGUUCAGGAAUGGCUCAUGGCCGAGUCAGCGUAUAGGAACCACGAUGCAAAGACCAUCAAUGCUGGAAACUCGUUCUCUCAGAUUGUGGGGAAAUCUUCAACGCAGAUUGGUUGCGAUAUUGGCGAGUGUGGGACAGACAAGCACCUCAUUGUCUGUCGGUUCUUCCCAGAGAGGAAUAAAGAAAAUUACUCAGGAUCAGACGUAACGAAUAAAAGAGAGAGGAAUAUGAGAACGAAAUCAAAGAGUGAUUGGGUGGUGGCGUCUCGCAUGAACGCGAAACCCACGCGUCUUUUUACCUUAUGGUGGCCCACAGCAAGAACCACGCCGACUUGAGAUGC